CUAUUCGGAAAGCUAUACAACGUCGCACGCUACGAUAUAAGUACAAUAGCGAGACUGCAAAAACUAUUUUAUUGUACUUCUCUGUUUGUACUUCUCCACUUGUUUACUAUGGCACUGAUUGCGACGAAAUUGGGCAACGACUCGAAAACUUAUUGCAUCGUCGGCACAGCACUGAUACAUCAAGCGGAACCGGAACCCAAAAUAGGAAGGAUUAUCAUCUAUCACUACGAGGAUGGAGCCCUCACUCAAGUUAGCGAGAAGGGAAUCAAGGGCGCGUGCUAUUCUCUCAUUGAGUCUAACGGCCGUGUAUUGGCCAGCAUCAAUUCAACUGUACGAUUGUAUGAGUGGACUGAUGAUAAGAAUUUGCGACUUGAAUGUAACCAUUUCAAUAACGUGUUGGAAUUAUAUUGUAAAACCAAGGGAGACUUCAUUUUGGUGGGUGAUUUGAUGCGCUGGAGGGCCGCAACAACGGACGACGAACGACAGCAAAUGCCAGAGGUUGCUCAAUUCCAUCUCGUUAAUAUGAUGAAUAUAUUCCGCCACGGUUCGCUCGUGAUGGAAAACAUUGGUGAGCGUACGACGCCGACAACGGGCUGUUUGUUAUUUUGGUCAGCUAUCGGUCUGGUCACACAAAUAUCACCUGAUUAUGAAUUCCUUCGAAAGUUACAAGAAAGUUUGACUGACACUAUCAAAUCUGUUGGCAAGAUUGAUUAUUCGUAUUGGCAUAGUUAUCAUACCGAAAUGAAAACGGAACGUUGCGGGGAAUUUAUUGAUGGAGACCUUAUAGAAGGUUUUUUAGAUUUAAGUCGGGAAAAAUGUACGAUGUAUUGGGAUUGCAGAUCGACGUGGAUAGAACUGAGAAGGAGUGGUGGCCGAAGAUGAUAUAAUCAAUAUUGUAGAAGACCUAACAAGAAUACAUUAGGAUGUCCAGUGUUGAUGAAUAUUAUUCAAUCGAUGCUAUCAGUUGUUUUCUGACACAAAUGCUGGGGAACCGAGAUAUUACAAAUUUUUCUAAAAAAGUUUAAUGAUAAUUCAACUCAUUAAGAGACAGCUGGACGGACAAUAGAACCAGAUCGAGCUAAGCUCGUGAAUUUCAGCAUUCCUCGCGAAGAAUUAUUUUAUGUUUGUUGGAUAAUA